AUGGACUAUAGGGAGAGUGUCAGCAGCCGCAGGCAGAGAGAUGAAACAGUGAGGGGGCUGGAGGAGAAGGUCAGGCAGCUCCAGAGAGAGCUGGGGGAGGCCCAGACUGAUGCCAGGGCCCACAGGGAGCAGCUCUCCAGCCUCAAGGAGCUGAUCAAGGCGGCCUGGCAGGGGGAGUGUGUGGCUGUUGCUGAAGUCAGCAGGAUUGUGGGUGUCGCUUCGCCUCUCAUCACAGUGUCGGAUGGUGAGAGAGGUCAGUCACACCUGAGCAUUCAGGGCUGCAGAGAUGAGGCUGCUGCUGUGAAGGAGGAGCAAGCUGUCAUCAGUCACACAGGUCCCAUCCUACCUGAGAAGCACCAGAGCACCCAGGAGAUUCCCUUCUCUAAACAGAAGAACUUCCCAGACCAGAAGAACUUCCCAGACCAGAAGAACUACCCAAGAGACAGGAAGGACGACUCCACAGGCAGAAAGAACUACCCUCAAAACAGGAAGAACUCCACACAGGACAGGACGGAUGACUUCACAGACAGGAAGAACUAUCCACAAGCCAGGAAGUACUCCCCAGAUAGGAAGAAUGACCCCACUAUCCCCAGACCCCCACAAUGUUUAUAUAAAAAGUCUAAAGCUCAGACUUGGACCAAGGAUUGCAGUGGGAUGAUUAGUAUUGAGAGAGGCAUUGUGGGAAUGUGGAGGACUCCAUCCUGCCCUCAAGCAGGUGGAGUCAGGCCUGGAUACCUGUGUGAUGAUCACCUGGACAGGAAGAGAGCGGUCUUUCACAGGGAGAUUAUGACCCCAGACGACAUGCGCUUCUGAGUUCUCACAUGGGGAAACCACAGUGACAACCAAACAAGGACUCUCAACUCUAUGUUGAUUUAAAGAUGACUUAAAUAUUUCUGGCGAGCCCAAAUCAAAUUAUGAAAAUGCAGAUUCACUGAGAGCUGCUGUAUCUACCCAAAAUUGUUUGUGAAAGUGGUCAAUCAAUAUAGAAAUGUAUGAUAGAAUGUUGUCAAUAGCAAUCUUUUACUGGAAGAAACGGAUUUAAUGAAAAUAUAGUUAGAGCCAAAAUGGUUUAUGGUGAUAGCUAGAGACAAAACUGUUCUUUAUUAAAACAAUCUUUAUUAAGUUACUCUUUAUUGAGUAGCUUACUGAGAGAUGAUUACCUCCAAGAGACCUCUGUGAUUUCCUAUUAGUCAUCAGUUCUGUACCAUAGAUGUCAUAGAUGGUAAGGACCAAAA